AGAAGGAGUUGGAAAUCCUAAGAAUGGCAUCAGUGUGGUCCAUGGGUAUUCUCCUCCUCGGGCUUGUCCUGCUUCAUGGAGUUCAUGCAGGUGAUAUGAAAUGCCGAGGCCAUUUAUCCUUAAAAACAGCUGUAAAGCAAGCCAUGAAAAUGGUGGACAAUGCAUAUAAUGAGACCAGAAACCGGCAAAGAGAAAAGCUGAGGAAAAAAUCCUUGACUCCAGGUGAACUGCUGCGCUUCUUCAAGCAACCUACGUCCGUGACCAGGGUGGCAGUGAGAUCAGCAGAGUACAUGGAAACUGCACUGAACCUGGUCCAACAAAGUGUCCGUCAAACCCACAAAUGUGCCCUCAAUGUAUCAGAUAUAUUAACAAGAGAUGAAAUGGUUAAUGUUAAACAAGUCACAGGGUGUCAAGCUAUGCAUCUGAUCCCGGUCUGUGCUGAUGACUGUUGGUCAAAACUAUACAGGACCUUCACCUCCAUAUGCAACAACAGAAAGAAGCCUCAUCUGGGAGCCUCCAACACAGCGCUUGCCCGAUGGCUCCCCGCUCGCUAUGAGGAUGGGAUUUCACUUCCACUGGGCUGGACUCCGAACAGAUUACAUUCUGGAUUUGCUGUGCCUUUGGUUCGACAGGUGUCCAACAUAAUCUUGAGAAUUCCCACAAUAGAGGUAACCUCAGACCCAGAGACAAGCCAUUUGUUUAUGCAAUGGGGUCAGUGGAUUGAUCACGACAUGUCUUUAAGCCCUCUGUCCGGCAGUAUGCAAACCUACAAUGGUGGCAUCGACUGUGAAAAUAGUUGUAUUCAGAGAAGUCCUUGUUUCCCAAUUAAGAUACCUCGUAAUGACACCAGAACCAAUACCAGAGAAUGCAUGCCCUUCAUCCGAUCGGCUCCUGCUUGUGGUGGCGGUGAUCGGGGUACAGUCUUUGAAGAUCCGAACACUCACCAGCAGAUCAAUGCUGUUACCAGUUUCAUUGACGUCAAUGAAGUCUACGGCAGCACAGAUUGUCUGGCGAACAGGCUCAGAAACCUAACCAAUGAACUUGGUCUGAUGGCUGUGAACCAGCAAUUCUCUGACAACGGACGAGAAUAUCUACCAUUCCACAGCGCUUCAAGAAGUUCUUGUGGCAGCAUGGAAGAAGCCUGUGGCACCGGCCCAGAAGCUACUCCAUGUUUUAUUGGUGGUGAUGUACGUGUGAAUGAACAGCUGGGACUGUUGGCUUUCCACACAAUAUUUCUACGGGAGCACAAUCGCAUCGCGAGAGAGCUGAAUAGUAUGAACCCACACUGGAAUGGUGAUAGGAUAUAUCAUGAAGCAAGAAAAAUCUUGGGAGCUUUUCAACAGAUAAUAAACCACAGAGACUAUGUUCCCCGGGUAAUUGGAACAGAAGCAACAAAGAAAUAUCUCCCAGAAUACAAAGGUUACGAUGAGUCCAUCAAUCCCAGUAUCGCCAAUGUUUUCUCAACAGCAGCUUUCCGUUUUGGACAUGUUACUAUUCAGCCAUUUUUGUUCCGCCUGGCUGAAAACUACCAGGAGCACCCAGAGUUCCCAAACCUGCUUCUCCACCAGACUUUCUUCACUCCCUGGAGACUGAUAAGGCAAGGUGGAGUUGAUCCCAUUGUUCGAGGAUUGAUAGGCCAUCCUUCAAAACUUCAGACACAGACCAAGAUGAUGACAGAUGAACUGAGGGAGAAGCUAUUUGAAAUGAUUAAUAGCUUAGGACUGGACUUGGGUUCCCUGAAUAUGCAACGUUCCCGCGAUCAUGGAAUAGCAGGUUACAAUGCAUGGAGGAAAUUCUGUAAACUUUCACAGCCCAAGAACCAGGCUGAACUUUCUGAUGUGCUCAAGAAUUCAGAACUUGCUGAAAAAUUCCUAGAACUAUAUGGGACUCCAGACAACAUUGACGUCUGGGUGGGGGCAAUCUCUGAACCAUUCGUGGAAGGAGGGAAGGUCGGCCCUUUGUUAGCCUGCUUGAUAGGACAGCAGUUCCAGAAGCUGAGAGAUGGAGACAGGUUCUGGUGGGAAAAUAAAGGAGUGUUUACUCCUAACCAGCGCCAAGCUCUUGCUAAAAUCUCCAUGUCCAGAAUAAUCUGUGAUAACACCGGGAUUCAGUAUCUUCCUCAAGAUGCAUUUAAUUUCCAGCGCUAUCCAAGUGGAUAUGUAAAAUGCAACAAAAUACCACAGGUGAACCUGAAGCUCUGGAAGGAGAAUCAAGUACCGUCUUGCGGCCAAAUCCCUGUGGUGCCCAACGCCUCUUUCUCGAUUUGCAAUUCCUCAGUGAAAUACACUUGUCACCGUGGAUUCAUUUUGGUGGGGGAAAAUACGAUAGAAUGUGAGAGGAACAGACAAUGGAAUCGUAAACCACCUCGCUGUUUAGGUCUUCGGGUGAUUCCAAGUGAAAAGACAAGAAUACAGGACUUUCGUGAAGCACCAGGAAAAGGAGACACUGAGAUACCAAAAUGAUCAAAAGAGAUAUCAAUCAACGUUUUAGGCUUGAAAAGAGAGCUCAAUCUGUCAAUUAUUUUACUGAGGACUUGCACUUUAUGGUUUAAAAAUUCCUUUAUUACCUCGUGUGGGCAAUGGUAUUUUCUGGUUGAAUUUAGAGGGGGCUGUUGUACUAAAUUCACAUAUGUAUGAGGGUCAAAACAUUAGUGAAAGGUAUACUUAGCUUUAUUCAAACUCUUAAUUGCAAAGGCAACUUGUAAGAACUUACAGCUUCCAUGGUAUACUCCCCAUGUGGUGAUCAGUUUCUGUAAAGCUUAUGGCUUUCCUUUGUUCUCCAAGUCUCAGACUUGGUCCUGGAAUCUUUCUGUGGUCUCAGAUUUUCAUGUUGCUGCGGGUUUUGGUAAAUCCUGUUUCCAAGACCCAUCUCUGUCUGAUACCUUCUUUUCUCCUCCAGUGAAACAGCACAUCAAUAAUCCAAUCCAAGUCCAACCGAUUUUGGCCACCUUCAUCCUGUUGCAGCUGGAUUAUUGGUUGCCAAGGAAAUUCGUCAUGUCCCCAAUGACCCUCAGCAUUUUUUUACAGAAAACAUCCUAUCCAAAUGUAUCACACCUUGGUAUGGCAACUGUGUUACCCAAGACUGCAAGAAAUUGCAGCGAGUUGUGAUCACAGUUCAGUACAUCACGAAAACUAGCCUCCACUCCUGUGACUCUAUCUAUACAUCCCACUGCCUCAGGAAAGCAGCUAACAUAAUAAAGAACCCCUGCCGCCCUGAUCAUUCUCUCUUCUCCCCCCUUCCAACGGGCAGAAGGUACAAAAGUUUGAGAGCACGCACCACCAGUCUCAAGGAUACCUUCUAUUCUGCUGUUAUAAGAUUCUUGAAUGGGCUUCUUAUAUGAUAAAGAUGAACUCUUGAUCUCUCAAUCUACCUUGUCAUGCCCCCUGCACUUUUUUUUUGUCUACAUGCACUGCACUUUCUCUGUAACUGCAACACUAUAUUCUUCAUUCUAUUUUUUUCCCUUUUGUACAACCUUGAUGUACUUGGGUAUGAAUAAUCUGUUCGGAUGGCAUGGAAGCAAAAGCUUUUCACUGUAUCUCAGUUCAUGGGACAAUAAUAAACCAAUUACCAAUUUCCCACCACCAAAUGUGCAGCAUUCUAGUUAUUGGUACUGAGCCAAUCAGAUAUAGAAGAACAUGGAAUAAAUUGCUCAUGACAGUUCACACAAGGCUUCAUUCCCCACAUGGAUUUCAUGACCAAGUCUCUUCACUUAGGUGUUUCACUGUCUUAACCUGUCCCUCUUGUUAUCUUCCAUUACCAUAGUAACAGCCAGCACUUCUGCCUGCUAUUGGUGCCUUGGAUCUCAUUGGCAAUGUCCUAGAAUGGACUCACUGUAUCUUGCCAUAUACUGUAUAACUAGAUGGCCAUUACCUUGAUGCUUCUAAUUAAUUAAGCCUCUAAGACUUUCAGUCUUAGUAAAGCAAGCUAAAUUCCCUGUUCAUUAUUGCUGCUUAGUGAAACAGAGAGAAUGCUACAGUGCACCAUCAUCUGAUAUCUCAUCUCGACUAGUUCUGUGGUCAGUCAGUCCUGGAGAUUCACACCUUCAGCUGAGUUGUUUUCAAACUCCUCACUUAUGUUUUCUUAACAUUCUCAAAGAAUAUCACAGAUGAUUAACCAUCCUUGUCUGUGGUAAUUUCCAAAUGUUGGUUCAAACUGGGAACAUUGGUCUGCUUCCAACAUGUGUCAUAGCUCUACUAAUGCCAUUGACUAGAUCAUCCCAGUGACUCUUUCCACCCUCAUUGUCUUUAUCUCUCUGUGUUUCAGUUCCCAAAGACACGAGUUAGCCUUACUGUAGCUGUCCUCUAUGAUUUUCUACUUAACUCUGAAAUUGACACUCUCUCACCAAGAUUCUCAUCAAAUGUCCUUCUUUGGGCUAGGAAUCUGUUCACAUUCAUUAUUGUCAAUUUUCCUCUAUGUUCAGCUGUAUCCUGUCAUUGAACCAGUAUCACAAAAGCUGCUUUUGGAAAGCAAAAAGAAAAGAAAUAUCUGAUGCUGGAAAUCUAAAAUAAAGACAGGAAAGGAAAUGCUCAACGGGUUGGGCAGGAUCUAUGGAGAAACAGUGAAUGUUUUCAGUCAGAGACAAGGUGCUGCCUGAUCUACUGAAUACUUCCAGCACUUGGAGAAGUUGGUUGGCUCCCUCUGAAAACACAUGGCCAAUGAGAACUUUCCUUAAAGCCCACCAAUAAUCUAGACUUUAUUGGAAGUAUGAAGGCAAGAUUUGUAGUUUAAUAAAUGCCCUAUCAUGUCAGGAACAUGUUUUUUUUGGCCCCAAACCAGGGACUAUAGUAUCCUUCCCCUCAUUCUCUAAAUCCCUCACUGAUGAUUCCUGUUCUGCACUCCGGUUCCCUCAAUGACAGGUCCUGCUCCUCAUCUUAUAGAAGCUGCUGGCUAUAGGUGUCUGUUGGUUUCUCAGGGGCAUUUCCUUCAUUAACUUUGUCCUUUGUCCAUUCAUAUCCACAUGUUGUGUUCUUUUGAUUUGCAAUAUUCUUUGUUCAUAGGUACUUGAUUAGAGUCCAUAAUUAAUAUAUGGGUUUAUAUUAAUAGGAGGGGUUGAGUUGCAAAAUGCAUCCUAUUCAUAUUACAAGUGGAUGACUAAAGAAUGAAUUUUGAACACAAUAACUGGUAAAGAGUGUGACAGAUUUGUUUCAAAAGCUUAUUUGCAUGAAAUCUGCAAUGGUGAUUGUAUGAGGUUUAAAAUAAAG